GGCCUGUUUCCAUCCCUCACCUGCUUCAUUAUCUUCUUUGCCCUUAGGUUGCUCUCGUCAUCAUGAAGCCCUCCCACGUAACGGUUGCCAGCACCCUCUUUCUGGCGCAAGGUGCAUGGUCGCACCCCUUCGCCGAGCCCAAGACGCUCACAGACCACCCCUGGGAACCCACCAGGUCAUCGAUUUAUCUUCCCACGCCCACUCCCACUCAGGAGGGCAUGAUCAACGGGUGCAACAAGUUCCAUGAGGCUGUGUCGUUUGCUUUCGACUGCAACGACAUUGCCUCUCAGUACGGCAUUUCGUUCGAUACUUUCAUCUGCUGGAACCCUGCUGUUGGCCCUGAGUGCAAGCACAUCCGGAUCUACCACUACUACUGCGUGGGACGCCUAGCGGAGCAGCAGAAACCUUUUGAAUGUAUCAUGUGAGACACUCAAACCACAGUCUUGCUGACUUUUGGGGGACAUUGCCGGGCAGCGCGAGGCAAAGGAGUCUUCGUCGUGAUCCAUUUCACUGAACCUGCUAUGAUUCGCUCCAAGAGGCUUGUGUAAAAGCAGUUCAGAUAUAACUAUCUCUCCCUUGCAUCCGGAUCCCAGCUUGACAAUCUUGCCUUCCACUACGUAUACAACUCAUCCGUCAGCGUAUUCAACGCCAACCCAUCUUUCGCCAAGUCAUCCACAUCAGUCAAGAACUGCAGCGGCAUCUCGACCAGAUUACCCCUGAUGCCGCUCAACCACUCCUUCAGC